CCUUCUUCCACUGAUCUAACGAUUGUGAAUUAGGGAUUUUUCCACGAUUCAAAAAUGGCAGCGCCGAGGCCAACGGGGAAUCAGGAUCUGUUCGAUACGUAUUUCAGGAGAGCAGAUUUGGAUGGAGAUGGCCGUAUCAGUGGAGCCGAGGCUGUCGCUUUCUUCCAACGCUCCGGUUUGCAUAAGAACGUCCUUGCUCAGGUAUGGUCCCACGCAGAUGAAAAAAAAGCGGGUUACCUUGGUCGAGAGGAGUUUUAUAAUGCUCUAAAGUUGGUAACUGUGGCACAAAGUAGGCGGGAAUUAACUCCUGCGAUAGUCGAAGCUGCAAUCCGUGGUCCUGCUUCUGCCAAUAUCCCUGCUCCCAACAUAAAUCUUGCUGCAGCGCCCUCUCCACAGCCUAGGGGAAUUGUGCCUGCUACACAAGCUCAGGGAGGGCCUCAAAUGGGUGGAACCGUAAGAACUAGUAACCAACAAGUAGUCCCGGGCCAGCAGAACCAAUUUACUGGGCCACCUCAAUCUCAACCUCAGCAAAACUUUCAAAGCCAGGGUAUGCCAGCUGGAGGGACUAGUGCCCCUCGAACUGCAAACCAACCUAUGACAUCUGAUUGCCUCAGCGGCAGAAGUGUUUGGCCCUCUGGGCAAGUGAAUUCUCAAAUUCCUUCGAGUCAAAGUGGAUAUGGUUUGACAGCACCUAACUCAGUUGCCAGCAAUAUGCCAAAACCGCACAUGACACCUGCAGUAAUAAGCUCUACGACAGCCAGACCUCAAGAAUCAGCGCCUGUGCAUAAGCUCCAUGAUUCAUCUGCUCCAGGUACUCGUGCUCUAGAUGCUCCAUCUAAUCAAUUGGCAGCCAAGGAUCCCAAGGAACUGGCUGCCGCAGGAAACGGUUUUCCCUCUGACUCACUUUUCGGAGAUGUGUUUUCAGUUACUUCCGCGCAGCCAAGACAACAUACUGCGGGAACUACUUCGACAGUGGGCAGCUCAUCUGCUUCUGGUACACCUGGCUCUACUCCCCAACCCCAACCCCGACCCCAGCACCAUCCCCAACCUCAGCACCAACCUCGACCCCAGCACCAACCCCAUGCCCAACCCCAACCCUAUGCCCAACCGCAGCACAGCCCCCAUUCUCUUCCCCAGCACCAACCCCACCUCCAGUCCCAAGCCCCUUGGCCAAAAAUGACUCCAGCUGACGUCCAGAAAUACUCCAAGGUAUUUGUACAAGUUGACACUGAUAGGGACGGAAAGAUCACUGGGCACCAGGCUCGGAAUCUGUUCUUAAGUUGGAAGCUCCCGCGAGAGGCUUUGAAGCAUGUAUGGGAGUUAUCUGAUCAAGACAAUGAUAGCAUGCUUUCCUUGAGAGAGUUCUGUAUUGCUGUCUAUCUGAUGGAGCGUUAUAGAGAGGGCCGACCUCUUCCCCCUGUGUUCCCAAGCACUAUAAUAUCCAGUGAGAGCAUGUUUACCUCUCCUAGUCAAUCUGUGGCACCACAAGGCAAUGCAUCCUGGGGACAUACACAUGGUCAAGUUCAUGGGUCCUUGAGGCCACCAGCUAUUCCCAAAGGAAAGCCUCCAAGGCCAGUCCCUCUCUCUCCUGGUGAUGGAAUGGUCCAGUCCACUCAGCCAAAACGUAAAAUGCCUGAGUUGGAAAAACAUCUGGUGGAUCAACUUAGCAAAGAGGAGCAAGAUUCGCUCAACUCAAAGUUUGAAGAAGCCACUGCUAUUGAUAAAAAGGUGGACGACCUUGAAAAGGAAAUAGCUGAUUCCAAGCAGAAAAUUGAGUUCUUCCAUGCUAAGAUGCAGGAACUUGUUUUAUACAAGAGUAGAUGCGACAACCGGUACAAUGAGAUUACGGAGAGAGUCUCGGGUGAUAAACGUGAGCUUGAAUCUCUAGCAAAAAAAUACGAGGAGAAAUACAAGAAGUCGGGCAAUGUAGGCUCUAAAUUGACUAUCGAAGAGGCAACAUUCCGCGAUAUACAGGAGAAGAAAAUGGAAUGGUACCAGGCCAUAGUCAAAUUUGAAGAAGGCAAGCUGGAUGAUAGUAUUGUUAAGGAGCGCACUGAAAACAUCCAAUCGGGCCUUGAGGAACUGAUUAAAAAUCUGAAUGAGCGCUGCAAACAAUAUGGAGUCCGUGGCAAACCCACUACUCUGGUGGAGCUUCCUUUUGGUUGGCAACCUGGAAUCCAAGAAGGUGCUGCUGAUUGGGAUGAAGAUUGGGAUAAACUAGAGGAGGAAGGGUUUACCUUCGUCAAGGAGCUUACACUUGAUGUUCAAAAUGUCAUUGCCCCUCCAAAGGAAAAAUCAUCUGCUUGGAAGAAAGAACUUACAGUCUCUUCAAAUGAAGGUGAACACGUUUCAUACUCAGAUGUUGAGUCUAAAACUGAGAAAAAUCCAAGCAGUGGAGAAGAGGCACAUUCAGACAGUAAAACAGAUAGAAACGGAUCUCUGGAUGACUCUAAUGCUAGAAAGGAUGUCGUAGCUGAUUGUUCACCCAGAACCAAAGAUACAAGGAGUGAAAAUGGCCAUGAUGAUGGUGAAUCUACUGCUUCUGCUGGAAAAGCUGUCAACGAACCUAGUUACGACUCUCACGAUGAGACAGAUUCAGUUUCAAGCUUCAACCCUGACAACGGAAAGGACAAGAAGAAUGAUACUGAUUUUGGAUUCGGGUUCGGAUUCGAUGACUUCAGCAUUAAACCUAUAAAAACGGGUUCCACCCUAUCAAAUGACUUCCUCCCGCCAAAGCUAUCUCUAUUUUCCGAUUCUGUCCCAAGCCCCCCGGCACAUGCCAACGACGGUUUCACUGCAAAACCGUCCUUGUUUGCUGAUUCUGUCCCUAGCACUCCAGCAACAACCACUGCCUCUUACCAAGGCAAGAGUUCAUACUUUGACGAUUCUGUCCCAAGCACUCCUGCCUACCCAGGAAACUUGUUUCCCGACAAGAAAUCAUUCUUCGAUGACUCUGUUCCAAGCACUCCUGCUUAUCCUGGAAACUCGUUUCCCGAAAAGAAAUCCUUCUUCGAUGACUCUGUCCCAAGCACACCUGCUUAUAGCACGUCUGAUUUUGGUGGGAAGCCGUUUGCAUCAGAGACUCCACGUUCAGACAACUUGUUCCCAGGAAGAAGUCCCUUCAUGUUCGACUCUGUCCCAAGCACACCUGCUGCACACGAUGACUUCUCUUCCAACAGCUUCUCACGGUUCGAUUCCUUCAACAACAACGACGCUUUCUCUCUAUCCCGCUCAGACUCGAUGCGCAGCACAAGCGAGCCAGACCCGUUUGCGUCCAGGUUUGAUUCUUUCAACUACCAAAGAUAUGAUUCCUUCAAUGCACAAAGCUAUGACAACAACAACAACAACGCAUCAGAGACACCUAAAGCUUCAUUGACGAGGUUUGACUCAAUUGGAAGCACGAGAGACUCUGAUUACAGUCACGGGUUUGGGUUUGAUGACCAUGACCCGUUCGGUUCUACGGGACCAUUCAAGACAUCGACAAGUACGGCUGAGACACCUCGGAGCUCUGAUCAUUGGAAUGCCUAGCCCCCAAAGCUCAGUGUGAUACUAAUAUAAUCACAUAUAUAUCAAUAUAGUUUUUUUUGUUACAGUUCGAACCUACCCCGUUGGAAGAGUUCUGUGUAUUUGUUUGGUUUGCCCUCUGCUUGCUUCAUUUUUGUUGUCAAGAGUAUAUAAUAGUUAUAUUUUUCCAUUUUGAAAGGAUUCUUUUGUGUCCGAGUAGUGUUUUUUUCUUCUUCUCUUUGCUCAUAUGUGCCCUGUGAAACAGAAAUUAAUAUUGUUAUAUUUGUAAUCAUCUCGGAUGGAUGUAUUAUUUUUCAGAUGUUUCUAUAAUAGAUUUUUUUUGGAAUUAUAUUCCGUAUUUAUAAGUAACUC